ACGCCGUUGAUCGAAGGCAUUUGAUCGAAGGCAUUCCACAAGUCAGUUGAAUUGCGAAUGUCAAGAAGCCAAUUCAUUACUUGCCGCGCGGCCAACGUUAUCUUACCUGUUAUGUCCACAAUGCAGUUUACACAUAUAUCUUCACCAUGCGCAGAAAUCGUAAUUCCCACUGGCAUCGCGCUUCAAAGCCUUCGAACAAUCCGCCGCAGGCCUCCAUCUCUGGGCCCUCUGUUCCCCACUCCCAGAUCCCUCCCGAUCCGUCGCCGCCGCUAUCUUCACUCAUUACCGAAAUGAGAAUUGACGGUCCGCGUGCGAUGCCCCCAACACACUACAUCCAGAACAACAGCACAAGCGUCCGCACGCAUCAAGAACCUGCAGAUAUCGGAACAUCAGUCCCUGUGGGAUCCGCAUCUCGUAGCUCUAGUGAUCUAAAGAAAACAAUCGUCACCAGCACCAAACUCCUGCUCCAAGCCGCAGCCACUGCUCUCAAGUUCACCCCAUCAAAAAUCUUGACCAGAUCCCCAACACGCUUCUUGCUUGUAUCAGUAUCUAUGAAGUCAGCAAACCGUCUUGAUGAUCUUGGUUGUGAUCGCCUCACGCCUGAUAUAGUCUUAGUGUGUUCGCUAAUGAUCUGCGUUAAUCCCCCAGGAACACAAAGAUGCGCCACUGGCAAGUAUCCUAUCAUUCGUAUUCUAACCCAUGGCGUAAAAUUGGAUCCCAGUGGCAGCUACAUUCUUACCACACGACGCCAAUGGUCGCCAUUUCUCAGUAUUAUUCUUUCGCCCAGCGGCCCGACCUGAUUAUCAAGCGUCUUCCUGUUGCAGGAGCGUGUUCUUAUUGGUGUUGUCUUGUCGUUCCAAUUCAUCUCACACCAUUGCCACACCUGUUUGGAAGCUCAGCCG